AUGGCACAGACCCAGCUUGAGGAGAUUGCCAGCAGAAUUUCAGACCUGAACAAGUGGAGAGACAUCUUCAGUUUCCAUGGCUUGGAAAUCAGCAACGGGGCUCACCAGCCAGGCCAGGGUAACACAGGGGAUGGAACACCAGCAGCUGGAGAGCCAAGGGGGCUGCAGCCGCCAGACCCACCCUGUGCCGUCCCCGUGCCCCUCCUGGUCCCUGUGGAGGCAGGUGGCCAGCCCAUCUCGCUGGACAUGGCAAUGGGGCUGAGAAAGCUGCUCCUUGGGAAUGUGUCCCACGUCUUCAGCUGUGAGUGGACCAAAGCACACUUCAGGUUUCGCCAGCCCUGCUCAGACCUGGCCUAUGGCUUGGAGGCAGACAAGGGGGGAACAAGAGCCAUCCUGAUGGCUGUGCAAGCACACAUCAUCAGGCACCUCCUCUUUGGCAGAAACACAGCAGACACUCACCUGGGGAGGUUGCAAGGGGUCGGCCGUGGGGAGCAAGGCGAGGCGCUGGCCGCAGCCCUGGCAGAGCUGCUGUGGGCAGCAGGAGGUGGUGGGAGAGCCACGGUCUGCCUGGUCACCACGGCCACCCACUUCGUGCCGUGUGGAGACUACAGAGCUGACAGCUUCACUGAAAGGAUCCAGCUGUUUGAGUUCUGGGAGAAGGCAGCAGCUCAGGAGUUCAUCUCUGACCACAUCAACUGUUUCAGAGGCAAAGGAAGCCAUGGAGUGAUCCUGUUUGUGUACAGCUUGCUCUUCUCCAGGACACUGGAAAGGGUCCAGGAAGAUUUAAUGGGCACAGCAACUCCUCUGUUAAAGUUAAGUUUGGGGAGCAUGACCUGCACACAGGCCAUGCUCAGCCUCCUCCUGACAGGCCAGGCAAGCCCAUGCAAGUUGGAUGGUGGCCAGGAGCCAGGUCCUGGUGGCACAGGCACGGAGGCACCACGGCAGCAGCGGGGACUGGUGGGCUACCUGCGCUGGAGCAGGGCACAGGCAGAGCCACAGGUGUGCCCCGGGCUACGGACACCGCAGGUGCCCAUCUGGCUCUGCAGCCUCUGCGGCAGGCACGGGGUCCUCUUCAGCACCAACAGCCUGCUCCUGUCCUGCUGGAGAGCAGAGAGGGUCUUCCACCUGCACUUCUACAAUGGGCAGCAGGAGCAGACCAAGCCCACCCAGCUGACCAUAGACACUCAUUCACACCACUGGGAAGAGGAUCAAAGGGAAGAUGCAAGUAGCCCAGGGAAGAGGUGUCCACCCGUGGAGAUGGCCAUCAGGACCAAGUGGGCAGGUGCCACUGUCAGCUGGAAUGGCACAGAGCCCUUCUUCUGAGUGGCUCAACAAGUCUGACUCCUUCUUCUGAAGCAUCAGACAGGACACACUCCUUCUUCUGAGGGGUCCCAGCAGCUCCCACUUGCUGCCAACUCCACCAACACUGUGAUCUGGAGGAGAAAAAAAAAUUCAUCAACAACACAGCCCUUGGGGCCUUGAGCAGAUGCCCUGUCAGGAGGGCAUCACAGCAAGUGUAGCAGGGCAGAAGCAUCUCUGCUGACACUGGCUCACUGCAGGUGUUUUCCAGGUGGUGAAUGCAGGUUCUUCUGCUUCCCACAACAGCCAUCAGGAAAAGGGGAGAGGGUGGCACUUUGCUUCCCUCCCAUGCCAGGCAGAGGUAUUAAAGAACUCAAGGUGUCUCUUUAAGAGUAGGGCGGAAGUGAAAUCAAUACCAAAGUGUCUCUUGAGAGUGGGGUGGAAGUGAAAACAAUAUUGUGUGCAUCUAAUUUAUUUAAUUCAG